AUGUCGACCUCUGCCCGCCGUCGUCUUAUGCGCGACUUCAAGCGUAUGCAAACUGACCCCCCUGCUGGAGUUUCUGCAUCCCCCGUGGCGGACAAUGUCAUGACCUGGAACGCCGUCAUCAUCGGCCCUGCCGAUACUCCCUUUGAAGAUGGCACUUUCCGCCUUGUCAUGCACUUUGAGGAGCAGUACCCAAACAAGCCUCCGGGCGUCAAGUUCAUCAGUCAGAUGUUCCACCCGAACGUCUACGGUACGGGCGAGCUCUGCCUGGACAUCUUGCAGAACCGUUGGAGCCCAACCUAUGACGUGGCAGCCAUCCUGACCAGUAUUCAGAGGUACGAACCCUAG